AUGUCCACCUCAACACACGCAACAUCAACAAUAAUCCCACCCCAUCCACACCCCCCGACCACCUCCAACGCUAUUCAUGCCAACCCCAGCAGCGGCGGUGGUGGUCCAUCCUCCCCAUCUCUCUCCGUCACUCUCUCCAUCCCAUCCACCACCCCAACUCCACUCAGCUCCACAACAGCCAGUCCCACCUCCUCACCCACUUCCUCUCCCGUUCCCCGCCGCCGUCGCUUUAACAAUAACCACUACUACAACAAUGCUAUCGGCAGCCUCAACACCACCUCUCUCUCCGACUACAACUAUGGCCAAGAUUACUACUAUGGCAGAAGUAGUAAUAAUCGCAGCCGCAGCCAAAGUCCCUUCCGGUACUACCACCACCACCACCGCCCCUCAUCCAUGUCGAUGAUGCUGCUACGGCGACGGCCCUCGAAGGUCGAUUUGGCCCUCUCGGAGGAGCGAUCCCGUGCGGACGAGGAUAAGAUUGAGCGGCUGGGACUGGAUUUGAUGGAGCCGAGACCCGUGGAUCCGUUAUUGGGGGUAGGGUUCGCGUUGGAUAGUAUGGAUGAUAGUGUUUUUGGGGCGGUCGAUGGGGGUGUGUUGGAGAGGAGUGGUUCCCAGCCGAGGUUUGUGAUGGGUGGGAUUUUUGAGGUUAUGGAGGGGAGGGGGUGA